AUGCCAACCGGCAGCUUCCUCCGUUGGGAGCAGUUCAUCCUUCAAGUACUGGAGAACCAUGUCAAUUCCUCUCCCCGGUAUCUUCCUCCUGGCCCUUUUUGCUCAAUCGACUACCCGACAAGAUUAAGGCAGUGUGGGCGCGGAAGCCAGCUCUAUCAUUGUGCUAUUACGCCUAAAAAUCCGGGUCCAGCUUAUACCAUCGAGGCUACGCUUUGGGAUUAUAGCGGACGGCUCAUGCUCUGCAACGCCACGUUUGUUGUUCCAUCAAGAGAAUCGACCUCAAGCAUCUAUGACUUUUGUGCGGAGCGACUGGGAGACUCGGUCUACAUGGUUCAACGUGCCCUUCAACCUUCGAAAUCCUCGCUAGAAAUGCCAAGAGUUUCAUCUUCCGAUUACGGAUCCAAAGUUAAAUGUAGUCGCUCCGAUGUCGAUAUACUUUUUGAUAUCGAGUACUUUAAGAAAAGAACCGACGACUUCGGACGUGACGAAAGCCAAUAUGAUCUCGGUCUCUUUGCCGUUCGCCCUCUUGAUAAGAAUGCGACAGCCCCGCAUGAUGCCUACCCAGGAAACCUUACAGAAGACGCUGAGUUGUCAAAGCUUCUCAAACCGGAACCUUUUGAUUGGAGCGAUUGCGACGAUGAAGUGUUCCGGACGGACAAUCCAGGCCACAUCCCGUGUAAUGGCCGCGAAAUCACCGGAAACAGAGACCGUUCGUCUGAAGAAACGCCUGGCCAAUCCAUGAAAAGUGCAGGCAAUGCGACUUUAGAGGAAUCUUGCUUGGAGAGCGUUACACCUUCCACGACAACUAAAUCGGAUCCUGGAAGCUCCGUGCUACCUCAGGCUGAUAUUAUUCGAUCGGAGCCGUUGAUUGUUGAAACAACGCAACGCUAUGAUAUCGAGACGGAAUCAAAUGACUCGCAAGAGGGGCCGCGUUGUGCAGACGCAGAUGGUAACUUUCCAUUUACGCAUUGCCUGAUCGAUCAUGAAUGCCUGCAAGACUUGCUUUCGAUCGCCCAUUUCGAAAAAUCAUGGCAAGGGUGGUGGAUGGACAACCGACCUCACGUGCACCAUUUCAACUGGCUCGGGGAACCGAUCUCAGAACGCAGCUUUACUCCUCCUGAAGUAUCGCUAUUCGUCAUCCUCACCCCUCCAAAACCUUGGCUGAAUAGCACAUCGAGAGUGGGAACAAUCCUCAGGCAGGCGAUGAAAUUUGUCGACCCAGUCCUGUACGAUGGCGAGUGGGGCGAUCUCGCUCGCUAUCGGGGCCAUGAAUUGCUAAGGGCUAUUACGGGGCGUGUCUUCCAAUUUUACACGGCAGAGGGGGGUUGGUUGCAAGAUAAGUACGGUUGGGACGACCGUGUGCCGUGUUAUGAUCCAGCGGAUCCGAUAAUGUACCUGGCCGAGCCGUGGCUGCCAGUAAACGGUUGGAUGGCAACACUUUUCUGCCCUACGAGGCAUGAAUAUGUUUCGGAGUCGAGCAGGCUCAUGGACGCAACUAAAUGGACGCGGCGGAGGUUUCCACGUCCUUCCCAGCGCUCGCCGCUCAGUGGUUGCGUCAUGAUGGAAGGGUAA